GGCGGGGCGUGUUUCUCCGAGAGCUGGAUGUGGCCACUGGUCCACUUGGCCAGUCCCUGGUAGCCAGCCGGUCCUGACUGGGGAGUUAACCCCUACUCUCCACCAUGCAUGCUGGCCAGGUGGACUGAGUGAGCGGAACGCCGAGAGACCACAGCCCACCAGCCCGAGCUCGGAGAGGCUGGGGAGGUAGGUGCUGCGGCUUCGGGGCUGUCAGCACUCACGUCACCUCCCGGCUUCACUUCCUCCCGCAGUCCUCGCCGCCUCUGAGGCUCGGGGAUCCCAGAGCUCGCAGCCAGCGACCGCCACGCCCUAGCUCAGCCGUGCGGGAGGUUCCAGCUGGAUAGAACAGGCCCCAACCCUUAGGAUGAGCUCGCCCUCCAGCCCUCCUGCUUUCAGGCUGGAGACAUUCGAUGGAGGUCAAGAAGAUGGUGCUAAUGUGGACAAAGGAAAGCUGGGCUAUGGAGAUGGGCCACCCCCCAUGGAGUCACCAUUUCAGGGCGAGGACCGGAACUUCCCCCCUCAAAUCAAAGUGAACAUCAAAUACAGAAACCAGCCAGACCCAAACCGCUUUGAUCGUGACCGGCUCUUCAGCGUGGUUGCCCGGGGUGUCCCUGAGGAUCUGACUGGGCUACUAGAGUACCUGCGCCGGACAAGCAAGUACCUCACCGACUCGGACUACACAGAGGGCUCCACGGGGAAGACAUGCCUGAUGAAGGCUGUCCUGAAUCUUCGAGAUGGGGUCAAUGCCUGCAUCCUGCCGCUGCUGCAGAUUGACCGGGAGUCUGGCAAUCCUCAGUCCCUGGUCAACGCCCAGUGCACAGAUGAGCACUACCGAGGUCAUAGUGCCCUGCACAUCGCCAUUGAGAAGAGGAGCCUGCAGUGUGUGAGGCUCCUGGUGGAGAAUGGUGCCGACGUGCACGCCCGGGCCUGUGGCCGCUUCUUCCAGAAGAAAAACCAAGGGACUUGUUUCUAUUUUGGCGAGCUGCCCCUCUCUCUGGCGGCAUGCACCAAGCAGUGGGAUGUGGUGACUUACCUCCUGGAGAACCCAAACCAGCCAGCCAGCCUGCAGGCCACCGACUCACUGGGCAACACAGUCCUGCAUGCCUUGGUGAUGAUCGCAGACAACUCGGCUGAGAAUAGUGCACUGGUGAUCCGCAUGUACGAUGGGCUCCUCCAAGUUGGGGCCCGCCUCUGCCCCACCGUGCAGCUUGAGGACAUCCGCAACCGGCAGGGCCUCACACCUCUGAAGCUGGCUGCCAAGGAAGGCAAAAUUGAGAUUUUCAGACACAUCCUGCAAAGGGAGUUCUCGGGACCGUGCCAGCCCCUUUCCCGCAAGUUCACUGAAUGGUGCUACGGGCCUGUCCGGGUGUCGCUGUAUGACCUGGCUUCUGUGGACAGCUGGGAGGAGAACUCGGUGUUGGAGAUCAUUGCCUUUCAUUGCAGAAGCCCGCACCGACACCGAAUGGUGGUUUUGGAGCCGCUGAACAAACUGCUGGAGGCGAAAUGGGACCUGCUCAUCCCCAGAUUCUUCUUCAACUUCUUGUGUUACUUGAUCUACAUGUUCAUCUUCACCACUGUUGCCUACCACCAGCCUGCCCUGGAGAAGGCCUUCCUCCCCAUGAAAGUGACAGCCGGAAACUCCAUGCUGCUGCUGGGCCACAUACUGAUCCUGCUUGGGGGGUUCUACCUCCUCGUGGGCCAGCUAUGGUACUUCUGGAGGCGUCGUCUGUUCAUCUGGAUCUCAUUCGUGGACAGCUACUUUGAAAUCCUCUUCCUGGUCCAGGCACUGCUCACGGUGCUGUCUCAGGUGCUGUGUUUCCUGGCCAUCGAGUGGUACCUGCCCCUGCUUGUGUCCUCACUGGUUUUGGGCUGGCUGAAUCUGCUUUACUAUACACGUGGCUUCCAACACACAGGCAUCUACAGCGUCAUGAUCCAGAAGGUCAUCCUGCGGGACCUCCUCCGCUUCCUUCUGGUCUACUUAGUCUUCCUUUUCGGCUUCGCUGUAGCCCUGGUGAGCCUGAGCCGGGAGGCCCGGGGCUCUGGGGUCCCCACAAACCCGAAUGCCACGGAGACAGUGCAGCCUGGAGCAGGACGAGAGGACGAGGAAGGCAGCUCGGCUCCAUACAGUGGCAUCCUGGAGGCCUCCUUGGAGCUCUUCAAAUUCACCAUCGGCAUGGGCGAGCUGGCCUUCCAGGACCAACUGCGCUUUCGUGGGGUGGUGCUGUUGCUGCUGCUGGCCUACGUGCUUCUCACCUACAUCCUUCUGCUCAACAUGCUCAUUGCCCUCAUGAGUGAGACCGUCAACAGCGUUGCCACUGACAGCUGGAGCAUCUGGAAGCUGCAGAAAGCUAUCUCUGUCCUGGAGAUGGAGAAUGGCUAUUGGUGGUGCAGGAGGAAGAAGCAGAGGGCAGGUGCGAUGCUGACAGUUGGUACCAGGCCAGAUGGUAGCCCUGAUGAGCGUUGGUGCUUCAGGGUGGAGGAAGUGAACUGGGCUUCCUGGGAGCAGACCCUGCCUACACUGCGUGAGGAUCCUUCAGGACCUGGCGACCAUGGCACCACGAAGAACUCUGCCUCGGCCUCCCAACCUGGGGAGGACAGUGCUCUGGAGGAAGACCAUCUGCCCCUCCAGCUCUUGGAGUUCCGCUGAUAACCCAGAUGCAGCAGGAGGCAGGCAGGAUAGAAUCAGGGAAUCUUUACAGCCCUAUCUGCUGACCCUGGGGCCCCAGGGAACUUUGGUGGCAAAUAUAAAUAAAUAUUUUCUCAUGACUAACUCUCUUGGAAACAUUAUUUGAGUAAAGUUACCAGGCCCUUGUGCUGGUCGACAUCUGCAUGACAUUGUGAGCACAAGCCUGUGUCUGGGGCUGGGCUGCUCACACCCUCACCUGGUGAGACUGGUGGGGGAAAGCAGGAGAUUGUCACCUGCUUUCCCCCAGCUUUGAGACUUUCCUCUUCCUGGGUGCAGGUAGCUGGCUCCAUUGUCAUGGCAGACAUGUGGUGGACAUCGGUAAGCACAGCCACCUCUCCUCCCUCUUCCACAGCCUCCAGACACCCCUUAAAGCCACCUCCAAGAUAUCUCAAAGCCUUUGAGCUCCUUGGUUUAGUCCAAAUUCUGGAUUAUUGCUUUCUCUUCCUGUUGGUCUUCUUGCUCAGUUCCCACCCUUGUAAGCCCUUCUCUGCAGGGCAGCCAGAGGAGUCUUCCUAAGACUCAAGAGAAACAUGGUACCUCCGUGAUCUGAAGGCUUGAGAGGCUCCUCAGUGCCCACAGGGUGCACUGGCUGACAUCCUCUUAAGUUUUGCUCAAGCAUUUCCAGACACUUGUCCCAUACCCCUGCUGCCCUCCAUGCUCUCUUUAGCACUUUCACUAAAUUCUUCAUGCAAGCUAAUGGACCUCGUGCGUAUCUGACUCCUUGACUUGGCUGUCGCUGGAAAGUCCUUCCCUCCAAUAAGAUCCUACACUUAUUUCCAAGACCAGCUCAAAAAUUGUCUCAUUAUAUAGUACUCCAGUCAAAAUGAAUCGCUCUCCCUUGGGGAAUGAGUUUUUAUAAAAUAUGUGUAUGGAUUGCAUAUUUCUUAAGUGGGAAAGACCUGAGCAUGUUCAUAUGGUGAAAGGAAAGCAUUCGCAGAGAGGGAGAGGUUUCCAUUGCUGGUGAGACGGGGCAUGAAUGGAGAAGCUUCGGAGAAUCAGAAAAUAGGGGAAGGGAGGAUGUUUGCUCGCUGCUCAAAAAUCAUUCUAGAGGGAGAUGAGAGCUGUCAGUGUGCAGGGGUUGAGAAGCUCCGUGGAUACUGUGAAAUAGUUGUGGGGAGAGCACACUAGCAACGCUUCUUAGAAUUAGGAGUACCCACUAUUUGUAAAUUCUCGCUGCGUGCCGUGCCAUGGCUCUGCAGGGUUUCAAGCGCGUUAUCUCAUGUGAUCCUCAGAACAACCUUCUGCGGCGCCGAUAUCUCCAUUUCUCAGAGACACCGGAACCUCAGAAAGGAUGAGCAACUCGCCCAAGGUCACGCAGCUAACUAGCGGAAGGGCAGGGACCCUACCCGGCAACCCUCGGUCCAGCCCCUGCGCAGGCGCUCUGGACCGCGUUGCGUGCCUGUGGCCCAGAUUUCCCGAGGCUGUGGAAGAAACCAUUAUCUCUACUGGAGGGGGGAGUCUUUGGGUGGUGCGGGGCCUGAAUUGUUAAAUGGGAUGAAAGUCCCGUGAGUCUUUGCCAGUAUCACCCUCCCUUCUGUGACAAGUGGAGUGUUCCGAAUCCUUAAGAGCCUCGGAGAUUGGGAGAGCUACCUUUUCACUAAAGCUGUCAUGGAGGCCCGUCGCCCUAUCCUGAGAUCUGCGAAGGCCGAGACCCCUUUCCCUGGCCCUGCCGUAAGGAGUGAGCAAAUCCGAGAGAAAUGGGUGGCAGACAUACUGCAGAAUAUCAAAGAAUUGAGCAGCAUUUCAUCCUGAAGACAGUCCAGGUUGCACAUUAGAGACUGGCAGUCCUUCAGCUGAGUAUUGGAGCGAGGAGGAGCAUUACCCUCCCGUGAGGUUUCAAGUGCUGAAGAAGGGCGAUCAAUGCUAUCUUAAAGCUGUUCGUAGCAGCAGUGGCAGCAGCACCUCACCCUGAGAAGUGGCUAUUUUCCCAGGGGAUGGUCAUCCAUGCUGUCGCAGGGGCAGAAUUUGAAGUCCCAAGGACCAGCAGCCACCAUCAAUUUGGACUCUGAAAACCUAGGCUUCAACAUUUGCUUAGAAAUAGGCUCACCUUGUGCCAUUCUUACCAACAGAGCCAAGAAAUGGAUUCGGUAACCUUUUUCUAAGACAGGCACUUUCAGUGCCAUUAAAUAAAUGCAUAAUUUUUCUAGAACUGUCCCUUGCUCAAAAGGAGCUUCUGUACAUUUUAAUAUUGUAUAAAUGUUAUAUUGAGCAAGGGUCUGAAUUCUUUAAGUUGGAAACUUCCUCCUCAAAUUAAUAUCCAUGCAAUUAACCAUUAGCUAACAUUGUAAUAAAGGAUGGUCUUUA